GUGAGAGACAAAUCAGUGAGAGAGAGAGAGAGAGAGAGAGAGGAGGGAGGGAGUGAGUUAAGCCUCACGAUUCAAUUCACAGAAAGGCUGGCAAAGCACAUAACUGAUCCAAAGCCAAAGUUAACUGCUGAGAUGGGGCAACGCAAACACCUCUGGGGUAAAAUGGGGGUGCAAAGCUAAUCUAUGAAGCUGUCCUGGAGAACACCAGUUUGAUACCUGACCAAGGAGUGCAUUCUUCAGACGCCACGAUAGUCAAGGGGUCGAGUGUAAUACAAAGACUUGCAUCAGAGAACUGUCAGCAAUGACAGCAGGGGGAAUUUUUUGGUGUCUGUUAGCCAUCCUGGUGACCCAGUGCACCGCUGCGUGUCCCAAGGAGUGCGAGUGUAACCCAAAGACCAAAGUAGUGGACUGCCGGGGGCGGGGCCUGUACGACAUCCCACGGAGGCUGCAGCUGGACACCCAGGAGCUGUACCUGCAGAACAACCGCAUCCGGGGCCUGGGCUCUAUGGCUUUCCGUGAGACCCCGCUGCUCCGCGUGCUGAACCUGGCCAACAACUCCAUCACCAGCAUCUCCGCCAACAGCUUCCAGGGCCUUCGCAGCCUGCUAGUGCUCAACCUGGCCAACAACUCCAUCCGCGAGAUCGACCGGCGCCUCUUCAACCCCGUCAGGACCCUCUCGGAGCUCAACCUGUCCCACAACAGCAUCGCUGGCCUGCCUGCAGCCCUGGCUGACAGCGUCGGGAACCUCACCUCACUCUCCCUCUGCCACAACCGCCUGCAGCGGCUGGACCGGGGGCUCCUGGAGUCUCUCACCAAACUGCAGGCCCUGUUCUUCCACAGCAACCCGUGGAAGUGCGACUGCCAGCUCAUCGGUCUGAAGCUGUGGCUGGAGACCUUCCUCUUCAAAGGGGGAAAGAUUGACGAAAUAAGGUGUGCAAAACCCGAAGACCUGAAGGAGCGAGACCUCCAAAGGGUCCCUUACGAACUGUUCCACUCCUGCCUGACGACCAACUACAACUACCUGUUUGCCAAGAUCCAGCACCUGGAUGCCGAGCACCGGCACCUGCACACCCACGGCCUGGGCGAGCGGCCUCGCGAGGGGCCGCCCGAGUGCGAGUCCAAGCAGCGGCCGCGGCCGGCCAACCUGCGGCACGCCAUAGCCACGGUGGUCAUCACCGGCGUGGUCUGCGGCAUCGUCUGCCUCAUGAUGCUCACCGCCGCCAUCUACGGCUGCGCUUACGCCGCCAUCACGGCCAAGUACCAGCGGGAGCUGAAGACGGUGGAGCAGACGGCCCCCUCGGAAGAGAACGGGAGCACAGAGGAGAAGGAGCCGCUGGACAGCUCUGUGCCAUGAGGCUCUCCUUCAAACGCGUAGGAACUACAUACAAGUCUGCAUACCAUAGAUAGCGUACAGGAAUACAUAUGUACCCAUCAAGCUAAUCCUUAUUGCUCAGAACUGACUCAUGGGCUGUGUAGUAUAUCAGCCUAAUGCGAUCGGAGGUGCUUUUUUGGAAACUGCAGUUAUACACUAAACAAAGUGUCUACCAAGACUUGACUCUUACACCAGCUCUCUCGUCCAAGAGACAUCACAACACUGUGAUGAAUGCUGAUGUCAGUUUAUGGAAUCACAAUUGCCCUGUUCUUGACAGUACAAUGACAGUAUGUGCAUAUCUAUUUUAAUAGAUAGCGAUCUAACACCCAAAAGAUACAAAACUGAAGGGCAGUCAGGAUUGUGAAGCAAAUAUUUAUACCUCAUCCUAUCAUAAGACACCUCAAGGAAAAUCCUCUAAUCUAUCAACAGCAUACAAACUUACACAUACCAAAACAAUUGGACUGACAGUUGUCCAUAGACCUGUAAUUUAAAAAUCAAGAGAAACCAUCUGUGGUUUACCACGUAUAAGAUAAAUAUAAAUGAUUCAAUCCAUUCCAUUUUUCUAAUGCACUAAAGGAUGAAUUUACAGGGAAAAUCCUUGAAGGUAAACGGCUCCUGAAAGCUCUAAUGUUGCACUGGAUGUUCUUUACUCUUGACCUCUGGACAGACUUAAAGUCAUUCUGAUCUGUUUAGCACAACCAGGUUUAAGGUCUAAUUAAGCAGCGACUGCGACUGGAGUAUAUUUUCUGCAGGCAAGCAGUGGGGGUUUUGGGGGGUUUGGAUUUGAGAGGG